CUUUCUGCGGCAACUAAAAUCGUAAAAAGUAGGAGAGGAUCAGGCGGCAAAUAAUAUGCACGUUACAAUUAAUCAACUGUUCUUAAUUCGUGCGUUUUGAGUAAAGCUUCAUUACUAAAGGUUUACCUCAUGUUUAUCAUGUUUAUCAUGUUCAUCAUUAUGUUUGCAGACUAGCUAGAGAGCUACGUUAGAAAACGUGAGCUGCCAUUUCGAUGAGGUUCUUAAGCUAAUGCUAACAAAAUAUGACCACGUAAUUGCUAAUAGACAUCUGAAGAAAGGAUCUGCAUCAAGGGGGAUGAUGGCCUCCAUGUUUUAAAGGAAGAUACUGGUGGAGUUAACGAUAAGCACAAGAAAAAUCACAACAUAAGGAGUCACACAAAGACCUAGACAAAACUUGACAAGGCUGGAAAUGCACUUGUGGUCGAGCUUCUCUCAUUAGAAAUGCCACAUUGUUGAUCCUAUGAACAUAAUGAAUUCUAUCUCUGAAAUGCAUGUGGAUAGGCCUGUAGAGGGGCAGGUACGUAGGAAACGUGGCCGCCCUCCCAAGAAAUCUAAAAUUCCUUUACAAACCGAACCAUGCCCUCCUAGUUUACAAGGAGCAAAGGAUACAGAUGCAUUAUCUGCAACAACAAAUGUUGCUCCUUUGAACACAAAGUGUGCACAAGUUGUCAAUGGUAACUCAUGCAACACACUUGAUGUGGAACCUUCUCUAAACCAUGAACAUAUUACCUCUGAAAGUCCUAUCUGUGACUCCUCCACUCACGAUCUUAAACCUCCAGAUUCUAUCCCAGUGCCAGAGAAAAGGAAGAGGGGUCGACCAAGAAAAACUGUUAACCCAGCUAUAGGGGGAGCAACGGCAGCUUCUGGUACUCCUGGCGUGGGGGCGCCUGCGAAGGAAUCCACUAAGUCCCCUCCUCACUCAGGUGGGCACGAUGUGACACAAGUCCACCCUGGAGGGAGACCGAGGAGGACGAGAGGGAUACUGCACAAUCUCACCCCAGAAGGAAGGGGACUUCCAGAAGUUGAGGUAUCUAUAUCCAGUGGUAUUUCAGAGAGACCAGAGUCGACAGUCAUGAGGCAGGUGGCACUAGCAGUGACAGGAUUACGUUCAAAUGAGGCAGCUGUGACUCCCCAGGAUAGAAAGCAGUGUGGUCCCGCAACUGCUGUCAACACCAACCCUGAAGAGUCACUCAAUUCCGGGAUUGAUACAAGGCCAAAGUUGCCCAGGGAUGUUUAUUCUCAACAAGCUGUCAUGUCUCCAGAUGCAGUAGGCUCUCAUGGAAUAAAGUCAGCAAGGACUGGUGAAGUCUUCUCUAAAGUGAAGAUGGAGGAAAUUGAGUUGGAGCUAGACAAUGAUCAUCCAAUGUCAGAUUCUUUACAAUCCCACACAGACACCACUGUGAAGUCGGAAUUCCCUGUUAGUACCUUUGAUCAAACGGUAUUUGAAAAGCUAUCCAAAGUUGACAAAUGCAGAGGGAAUGUCAAAAUCCUGCGGGAGAUGCAAGAACACCAGAAAAUACUUCAGAGCACUCACUUUGGUAAAAAGUCUCGUAAGAAAAAAAGGUCUUGGUGGGAUGACAGAGGGGAUCUCCAAAGUAAGAUCUCAGCGACAGAAUCUCAACCUGACGGAGCAAAAGCUGAACCCUGUAACUCCAAGUCUGAAUCAGAAAUCCCGCCUGGUGAAAAUACAGCUUGUCACCCAAUCAGGAACGAAAGAAGACUGGAGGAUGAAGCUGUAAACAGACUCAAAAAUUGUUAUCGGAAGACUCGGCGGCGACGGGGCGACCCUUCAAAUCAUGUGGAAUGUGAGGUCUGUGGUCGCACUUUUAAAUUCCAAUCCCUGUAUAUUAUUCACAAACGUACUCACACAGGGGAAAAGCCUUAUAAGUGCUCUGAUUGUGGCAAAGACUUUGCUCAGCUCUCUAACUUUAACACGCAUAAGAGGAGCUGCCACCAGGGUCCACAUGGUGAAAUCAAUAUAUCAAGUGCAAAAGAGUUGCAUAUUCACGGCAAGAUUCACGAGGCCCAGAAGUCUAAGACUAGGAACAGGAAGCAUAUUCAAAGGGAUGUCACUCAAAGGGUCAGAGAUUCUUCAAAUAACAAAGCUUACCCUUGUACAUACUGUGGGAAAGUAUUUCGCUUCAUUUCUGCACUUAAGGUUCAUUUACGUGUACACACUGGUGAAAAGCCAUUCAUCUGUCAAGUCUGUGGGAAAGGCUUUACUCGGCGCCAUAUCCUACACACUCAUAUGGGGAAACACAUGGCUGUGAAGCCUUAUUCCUGUAAUCGAUGUGGAAAACAGUUCUUAAUACUUAACGUUGCAGAAAAGCAUGUAUGCAGCAGAUACAAUGUCAAGCAUGAAGAACCUUCAUUAUCUUACGCAUGCCAUGUCUGUAAAAAGACGUUUUCCAAAAACGGUCAGUACAAAGACCAUUUGCAAACCCAUUCUGGUGCAAAGCUUUUCUGCUGUGCAUUCUGUGAUCAGCUCUUUGGUAAUUUGUCCGAGUGUAAUGCACAUAGCCAAGCAUGCUCUGAGAAAAAGACAGCUUUAAAGUCCCUUCCAAGUGUCAAGGAUCAGUCAGCAGCCACACAGUCAGCCUCAUUACAGAGAAGUGAACCCUUGCGGCCACUGAAACCCAAAGGCCCCCAGACCUCACAGACCCGCCCCAAAAAGAUUGUGUCCUCUAUCCUACCCUUCCAAACAAGCAUCAUACCCUCCCAUCAUUUCUCCCACUUUGUAUCCAAGUUAAACAGACUAGAUCAGAGAUCGGACCCCAGGAAGUACUUAUGCCCACGCUGUGGGCGUUUGUUCAGACACAUGGGGCGGCUCAGGGCCCACAUGCUUACUCAUGCCCGUGACCAGACGUACACCUGUGGCCGCUGCGGCAAGACCCUGGAGAACUGGAGAAAGCUCUGGCAACAUCAAAGCGUCCACCGGCAGAAGACGGGCCGGUUCUCCUGUCCUCAGUGUGGCCGCAGGUUCCGCUUCGUGGGGUCCUAUAAGAAGCACAUGAAGGAACACCCUGAGUACCGGUGGAUUCAGCAGAGGCCCAAUAGAGCCUUCCCCAGCCUCGCACGGCAGCCUCUGCUUCUGCCUUAUCAGUGUGAGGAGUGUGACGCAAGCUUCGAGGCUCUAGAUUUGCUGUUCAGUCACCAGCUUGGCCAUUCCCCCUCACAGUACUCAGAAAAUGGCUGUGACACUGAGUAUCCUUCAGACACUGAAGACCACGACGCACAACCAGGCAUCACUUUAACCCUUAGCCCUCACACGGUCAGCUGUGGAACAAACUCGCCCCCUGGACCGCACCAUCCCUACCAAAACCCCUCCCUGCCUGGGAGUUCUGACCAACCCUGUUUCCUGUCAAAUCAAGCAGACCCACUUCAUGCCCUGUCACCACAGACGACUGUGGCCUCCUUACUCCAAAGUCCCAAUGUCCCACAAGGCCUCAGACCUUUUCAAACCGACUUAACUCCCAGCAGCUCCACUCCGGGCCCACAGGCACAGACAAUGGCCAGACUACACAAACAAGAAAGUAUUAUAUUUGGGAAGCCAGUUCGAAAGUAUGAAAAAACAACUAAUGUGAACAAUAACGCUUGUUCUUUCAUCAGGACAAGGGAAACCACAGGUGUUGGUGUUAAGUGUGUGGAGUGUGGUGAGAUGUAUUCUGUCAUAUCAGACCUGUAUGAUCAUUACUUGCAGCAUGCCAGGGGAGAGUUGUGAUGUAGAACUUAUGGUAGAAGUACCCUCCCCCUCAAUGUCCCAGGUCAAUCAUGUGUGCCUCUUUGUGAUCAGGAACGCUUUAUGGUCAAAUGCACAGAACGUUUUUUUUUGUUUUUGUUUGUUUUUGUAUUAUGUCAGGAGUGUAUGGAGAGCUUAUUUAAUGCUAGAUUUCAGUUUUAGAUUUCAGUUUUUGUAUGCUCGAUUUCUAUCAUGGGUUGCAGGUUAUGCUACACUAAUGACAAUGAUCACUAAAGAAAACAAGAUUGCGUUAAUUAUGAUUUGAACAUUAUCUACUGAAAAUAUUGUGAAUUGAAACGGUCUUUUUUACUUCUCAAUGGCUGAAUCUUGGGAGAGCUUCAGCUAUUGUGUAAAACAUGCUAUGUUAUUAUCGUUCAGUAUUAUUUGCUAGUUAUACAAGACACAUUUACAGGAAGACUUAAUUGGAGUUUACUUUCUUUUUCUUUCUAGUUUCUAACAUCCAUCUAGCUAUCUAUCAGUUUGUUAUCCGACAGAAUGUGAAGGACAACAAAGUUUUUUACAUAAUAGAACUGGCAGUUGGUUUCAUUGAAACACUAUGGUUUGCCUGGAUUGAUAAUCUUCUAACAGAAACCCUUAACAGGUACUUGAAGCGUGAUUUAUCCAUCCACUACUUGACAAGUAUUUUUUAAACAGUGUUACAUUCUGACGUUGCGACGGUGGCAUACAGGGUGCUAUGCCUGCAUCAAAUAGGCUAUUUUAUUCGUAAUUUCGUAAAAACUUAACAUGUGCAUGAGGUGGAACCGUCUUUGCAGUCAGAUGCUGAAAGAAUAGCUGGAGGGAACAAGGUGGUGGACAAUUUAAUCAAUGAUACCUCGGGGUGUUGACCUGAGUUCUGUAUUUUUGUAUAUUUGUGAAUAAAACGUCUGAUGAAAAUAGGGUCUAUAUUGUGUGUGAUGAUGGCAGCGUUGUUAAUAUACCACUGGUACUGAAUCUCUUUAAAGGAGUAUGGGGCAGCAUUAAGAUGGUCAUUGUUAAACAAGAAGAUGAAAACAAUAAAGAGGAGAUGGUAUUUGUUACCUUCAAACACAUUGAUAAC